AUGAUGCAUCUCCGGAGCUGUGUCAUGUCAAGCAAGGAGGCAUACGAGGCUGACUUCAUACCCAAUGUCCGUCCAGCGAGCUCGUCAUGGUUGACGAACACUCAUUCCGAAAAUGCAAGGAAUCGAACACUUGGAUUUGGCAAAGUCUUCGCCAUUGGGUUUCCUGGUCGGAAGGAUCGUCGUGAUACUUUAGUUCUCGCAUCUAGCUUGACAGAUAUCGACAUUGAAUGGUCUGACGCAGUCUCCUUCAACGAUAUACCCACAAAAGGUAUUCACAAGAAUUGGUAUCAGAAGGAUGUGAACAACAGUGGGACACGAGCUCUCAUCGGCUCACAGCGAGCUCAUUUCAAUGUGAUGCAGAAGAUGAUAGAGCAACACAUUUCAACCGCACUAAUCCUCGAAGAUGAUCAAGACUGGGAGUAUCAUAUCAAGGACCAAGUCGAGGCAGUUGCACAGGCUUUCAGAAGUCUGCAGGAGGACCUGGUCGACAAAACCACCAACAAGAGUCCUUACGGUGAUGGCUGGGAUAUGCUAUGGCUAGGACAUUGUCGUGCCGCACCACACAAUGACGAGGAGAACAUCGUCAUACUAGGAAAUGAUCCAACUGUACCCCCGAUCGAUGAACGGCACUCGAGCUGGUAUCAACAGCAUGUCCCUCCAGAAGUCAUCAGCAACACCACCCGACUAGCUUUCGAACUACACAAAGGAAUGUGCACGUUUGGCUACGGGGUGACGCUCAAAGGUGCGCAAAAAGUCCUAGCAGGUCUUGCUCUCGCAGGCAGCAAUCGACCGUUCGACACAGCAAUGAACGAUAUGUGUCGAGGUGCGAUCAACCCACCAUUCCGGUGUUAUGGCGUCUGUCCACCUAUAUUCUCAACUCAUAGAUUUGCUGGUUCCGAAGCAAAGGACAGUGAUAUAUCGACUUGGAGCGCUGCCAAGGAACAUGUCGAAUAUACUUUCGAUAUUGUGUACAGUGUUAUACAGAACGCUGCCAGGCUACUUCAAGGCUUGAAGACGGUCAAAAGUCAGUGA